AAGGAAAACAACAGAGACGCUGUGACCAACAUGUCCGCCGGGUCGAUGCGUCUGAACCACAGCACGAGUGCAGCCUGGCUGAGGCUCCUCCUCCGGGGUCAGCCCACCUGUAGACCCGCCCUGCAGGUCAGAGGGGUCAGCGCCGUCCAGCCAGGGACCUCUGCCCCCGCCGAGGCCGCCGCCCGGGACCCCCACGCCCCCCCGCUGUUCUCCAGAUCCAGGACCGGUCUGUUCUUCCAGGCCCAGCCUCAGCUGAAGAACCCCUUUCUAGAAGACCCUCUGCUAGGGAGGUAUCUCAGGAGACACCUGCCCCCCCAGCAGGCCGUGUUCUCAGACCUGCAGGCGUUUGGGGAGAGGAUCUCAGGUGAGGUGGACGCCUGGGGGCGAGAGUGUGAGGUCAACCCCCCCAGGCUCGUCCCCUUUGACCCUUGGGGUAGAAGGGUGGACCACAUCGUGACCUCGCCCGCCUGGCAGCGCAUGAAAGAGCUGUCUGCCAGGGAGGGGCUGGUCGCCAUCGGCUACGAGAGGUCGUGUGGUGAAUGGAGUCGCGUCCACCAGGUGAGUAAGCUGUUCCUCUACUCCCCGUCGUCCGGUCUGUUCACCUGUCCUCUGGCCAUGACCGACGGAGCGGCCAAGGUCAUCCAGUCUCUCGGGGUGCCGCCGGCCGUUGACUCCGCCUACAGGAGGUUGACCUCUCGCGACCCCGAGCGGUUCUGGACGUCUGGCCAGUGGAUGACCGAGCGGAGGGGCGGAUCGGACGUGGCCGCUGGCACGGAGACGCUGGCCGAGCCCCAGCCGGACGGGUCCUACCGGCUCCACGGCUUCAAGUGGUUCACCUCCGCCACGGACGCCGACAUGACCCUCACCCUGGGCCGGGUGGUGGGCCGCGAUGGAUCCGCCCCCCCGGGCAGCCGGGGUCUGUCCCUGUUCUAUGCUGAGGUCCGCCGGGACCCCCAGGGCCGGCUGGAGGGCAUCGAGGUCCAGCGGCUGAAGGACAAACUGGGGACCCGCCAGAUGCCCACCGCGGAGCUGCUGCUGGACGGCCUGCCAGCUCACCGGUUGGCGGAAGAGGGCCGAGGCAUAGCUUCCAUCGCUAACAUGCUAACGGUCACCCGGAUCCACAACAGUGUGGCCGCCGCCGCCGCCAUGAGACGGGUGGUGCAGCUGGCCAGGGACUACGCCACCCGCCGCUCCGCCUUUGGCCGCCGGCUCCAGGACCACCCGCUCCACCUGCAGACCCUGGCCAGGAUGGAGGUGGAGGCGCGGGCGGCGUUCCUCCUGGUGAUGGAGGUGAGUCGCCUGCUGGGCCGGGAGGAGACGGGCGUGGCCUCUCCGCUGGACCGCCACCUCCUCCGCCUGCUCACCCCCGUCCUCAAGCUCUACUCCGCCAAGCAGGCGGUCGCUGUGGUGUCCGAGGGUCUGGAGAGCUUCGGGGGGCAGGGCUACAUGGAGGACACCGGGCUACCAGGACUGCUGCGGGACGCCCAGGUGCUGAGCAUCUGGGAGGGGACGACCAACGUGCUGUCUCUGGACGUGCUGCGCUGUGUGGCUCGCAGCUCCGGGCUGGUCCUGCAGGCCUACUUCACACAGACACAGGCCCUGCUGGGGCCCGCCUCCAGGCUCCCCCCCCUGGCUCCGGCUGUCGGGGCACUAGAGGGCGCUCUCUCGGCCCUGGGGGUCUUUGUGGAGGAGGCGGCCGCUAGACCCCCCAGCUACCUGGAGCUGGCGGCCCGGGACCUGGCCUACAGCCUGGCCCGCAUCUACAUGGGUGCGCUGCUGGUCGACCACGCCUCCUGGGAGGGGGCGUCGCCAUCAGACACAUACGCUGCCCUCAGGUGGUGUGAGCAGGACUUGUGCCCAGUGGGGGCGAGGGAGAGGGGGGGCCACUACGACGCCAGCACCCCCACCUGCGACGCAGCGCUGGUGUACGACAAGAUGGACUGACGGAGGAGACUGACGGAGCAGACUGACGGAGCAGACUGACGGAGCAGACUGACGGAGGAGACUGACGGAGGAGACUGACGGAGGAGACUGACUGACGGAGGAGACUGGCGGAGGAGACUGACUGACGGAGCAGACUGACGGAGGAGACUGACUGACUGAGGAGACUGGCGGAGGAGACUGACUGACGGAGCAGACUGACAGAGGAGACUGACGGAGGAGCCUGACUGACGGAGGAGACUGACGGAGGAGACUGAUGGAGCAGACCCACUAAACCUUUAAGACAGGAUGGACUGAAAGAGGGGAUGGACUACACCUGGACUGACGGAGGAGACCCACUAAACCUGCAAGACAAGCUGGACUGAUGGAGGAGGAAGACUGACGGAGCAGACUGACUGACGGAGCAGUCCCACUGAACCCCCCCCCUCACCACGGCCUUGCUCUUCGUUUCACUCAGAGCUUUAAUCUCAGGAGCACGGCAGCCAUGAUGAGGAAAUACAAAUCCCUAUUGUAGGCCUUAUCGUGUGUGUGUGUGUGUGUGUGUGUGUGUGUGUGUGUGUGUGUGUGUGUGUGUGUGUGUGUGUGUGUGUGUGUGUGUGUGUGUGUGUGUGUGUGUGUGUGUGUGUGUGUGUGUGUGUGUGUGUGUGUGUGUGUGUGUGUUUAACAUGGAGAGCUUCAGGGUCAUAACCAGUAAUUCGCAACACCCUGUCGUUUCCGGGCCAACGGCGCUGCCCCCUGCUGGGCAAAACGAGUAAUGAAUGUGAACUGUAGAAAUGUUGUAGGUAUUAAUCAUGUUUUUAAAUGAAACGAAAUAGUUCGGAUUAUUAUACUCUUCCAAAACAAUGUUUUGUUACUUGUGAAUAAAAUAGAAAAAGCAUUA